GAGGGCGAGAAGUCUCUCGGCCAGAAGGCUACCGACACCGUCUCAGGCUCUGGUGGCGAUGCCACGCAGCAGGGCGAGAGCUACUUGAAGCAGGCCCAGGAUGAUCGACGACCGCCUCACCGAUCUCCCCCCCUCUUAACCUCUACAUCACCCGCGAGAACGUUCACGAGCACCGCAAAGAUGGGCCGGAAAGAGAGCGAUGCCUUUGGCGAGAUCGAGGUCGACGACAAGGUCUACUGGGGAGCCCAGACCCAGCGCUCCCUGGGCAACUUCAAGAUCAAUCAGCCUCAGGACCGCAUGCCACCGCCCAUUGUGCGAGCGUUCGGUAUUCUCAAGGGUGCUGCGGCGACAGUCAACAUGAAAUUCGGCUUGGACCCGAAGGUUGGCCAGGCUAUUCAGCAGGCGGCCGGCGAGGUUGCUUCGUUGAAGCUGGUGGACCAUUUCCCUCUGGUUGUCUGGCAGACUGGAUCGGGUACUCAGUCGAACAUGAACGCGAACGAGGUCAUCUCCAACAGAGCCAUUGAGAUCUUGGGCGGACAGAUGGGCAGCAAGAAGCCGGUGCACCCGAACGACCACGUCAACAUGUCUGCGUCGUCGAACGACACCUUCCCCACGGUCAUGCACAUUGCGGCUGUUCUGGAGUUCGAGGAGCAGCUCUUGCCUGCGAUCAAGAACUUGAAGGAGGCAUUGAGGCACAAGGCUGAAUCUUUCGAGAAGAUCAUCAAAAUUGGACGGACACACUUGCAGGAUGCUACUCCUUUGACUCUGGGUCAGGAGUUCAGCGGAUACGUGCAGCAGCUUGAGUACGGCAUUGAGCGUGUUGAGUCUGCUCUGCCACGUCUACGAUUGCUCGCUCAGGGUGGUACCGCUGUCGGUACUGGCAUUAACACUUUCAAGGGCUUUGCCGAGGAUAUUGCCGCCGAAGUCACUAAGACGACCGGCCACCAAUUCCACACCGCACCCAACAAGUUCGAGGCUUUGGCUGCUCACGACGCGAUCGUCGAAGCACACGGCCAGCUGAACACUCUGGCUACGUCGCUUUACAAGAUCGCACAGGACAUCCGUUUCCUCGGAUCCGGCCCACGAUGCGGUCUUGGAGAACUCAACCUGCCUGAGAACGAGCCUGGUUCAUCCAUCAUGCCAGGCAAGGUCAACCCAACUCAGUGCGAGUCCUUGACCAUGGUCUGCUGCCAAGUCUUCGGUAACCAAGCCGCUGUCACCUUCGCCGGUUCGCAGGGUAACUUCGAACUCAACGUCUUCAAGCCCGUCAUGAUCCGCAACCUGCUGCACUCGUCCCGCCUGCUCACAGACUCCAUGAACAGCUUCCGUGAGCACCUUGUCCUCGGUCUGGAAGCCAACGAGGCCAAGAUUGCGUCGAUCCUCAAGGAGAGCUUGAUGUUGGUCACUUGCCUCAACCCAGUCAUCGGAUACGAUAUGGCCUCGAAGGUGGCCAAGAAUGCGCACAAGAAGGGUAUCACGCUCAAGGAUAGUGCAAUGGAACUGAACGCUUUGAGCAGCGAGAAGUUUGAUGAGAUUGUCAGGCCCGAGUUGAUGAUCGCUCCUAAAUAG